AUGAAACAAAGCAAGAAUCAACUUCGAAGGGCCCGGAAAAAGAGUCAAAAGGCGGAGACUGCUACCGGGGUCAUUGAACAUGCUCCCCAAGAAAGACCAUUCCCGUCACCUUCGACCUCUGACAUCACAAAUGGACCAACCGCCCGUACUGAUGAGACAUCCCUGGAAGACAACGAUCCGUUAUGGGAGAUGUAUAAGGGUAUCGUCAGUAAAUUUGACGAGACAGCUGGCGAGGCUGCUACAACCACGGAGGCCGAGAAACCUGAAGUGUAUUUUGAUGAUGCAGACGACAUCCCGGACGAGGAGCAAGAUCAAGAGCUCAAAAUAUCGAAAAAGAAGCGCAAGGAGCUGAACAAGUUAUCCGUGGCCGAACUUAAAGCCAUGGUUCGUAAGCCUGAAAUUGUGGAAUGGACAGAUACAUCCGCGGCCGAUCCUCGACUCCUGAUACAUAUCAAGGCCCAUCGCAAUGUUGUCCCGGUUCCUAUACACUGGUCACUCAAGCGGGAAUAUCUCUCCUCUAAGCGUGGUGUGGAGAAAGCGCCCUUUGCCCUUCCCAAGUUUAUUCAGGAAACCGGCAUUGCGGAAAUGCGGGAUGCCGCUUUGGAUAAACAGGAACAAUCGAGCUUGAAGCAAAAACAACGAGAAAGAGUUCAGCCCAAGAUGGGACGGUUAGACAUUGACUACCAGAAGCUAUAUGAGGCGUUUUUCCGCUUUCAAACCAAGCCCGAGCUAACUCGUUAUGGUGAGAUCUAUUACGAGGGCAAGGAAUAUGAGACCAAUCUCAAACACCUUCGCCCAGGCGAGUUGAGCGACGAACUCAAGGAAGCCCUGAAUAUGCCACCGGGAGCUCCUCCUCCAUGGCUGAUCAAUCAGCAACGUUAUGGUCCCCCUCCGUCCUAUCCUGCCUUGAAAGUACCUGGGCUAAACGCACCACCUCCACCAGGCGCGAUGUGGGGCUACCACCCUGGCGGUUAUGGAAAGCCGCCUGUUGAUGAGCACAACCGACCACUUUACGGUGGUGAUAUUUUUGGGGUCUUACAGCCCCAGCAAAGCGUUCAGCAGGGGGAGCCGGUCGAGAAAGAUCUAUGGGGAGAGCUACAGCCAUCCGAGGAAUCUGAGGAGGAGAGUGAAGAAGACGAGGAUGAGGAUGAAGAAGGAGACGCCGACGAAGAGGAUGCCGAAGCUGGAACCCACUCCCCCAGUGGCUUGGAUACACCCAGCGGCAUGGCAUCGGCGGCACCGUCCGAAUUCCUGGGAAUGGAGAGUGUUGCUGGGGAAUUCGACGUUCGAAAACAUCACCGGGGAACGGAAACCGAAGAGACUGUUCACCCUCGGAGCGCAUAUCAGGUUAUUCCGGAGAAACAGACAAAUGUACAAGGAUUCUUCGGCGGAGAUCGAGCCUAUGAUCUUAGUACGUCAUCCAGCAAACCUCCAGUCCUUGGAGUUGAUGACCAAACCCGAAAACGCAAGAAGCCUGGCGAUGUGGACGUCUCCGUGGACUUGGAUGCGAUACAAGCUGGCGAUGGUCUCAGCAAAGAAAGUCUUGAAAACUUGUACGAAGUACAACGUCAGCAGCAAAACCAGCCGCAGUGGGGAUUUCAAGAGGACCUUAGUGACAUGAUCGCGCAAGAGAGUCGCAAGCGAUUGCGUAAAGAAGAAGAGCGACGAGGCAAGAACUGA